AUGGACAAAGCAUAUAAAGAAGAGACAGCAACAUAUAAUAAUAAUAAUAAACCACCAGUCUAUCUCAGCCAACCUCGACCACAACUGAAAAGGUCUAUAGUAGAUAAUGCAUUUCCACCUAACCACCCUCUAGCUGGUUUACCAACUCCUUAUCAACAACAACAACAAGCUCGUUUACAAUAUUAUCAUAAUCGACCGCCUGUCUAUGUUGAAAAACCGAGUUUUGGAUUAAGAGACUUUGAGAUACAAGAAACAUUGGGCACUGGUACAUUCGGAAGAGUAUUCCUGACCAAAUUUAAACCUUCAAAUAAGUAUUAUGCAAUGAAAGUAUUAAAGAAAUCAGAGGUGGUUAGAUUGAAGCAGGUUGAACACUUACUAUCGGAAAAAAAGAUCCUUUCAUCCAUACGAUUUCCAUUUAUAGUUGACUUAUUUUGCACUUUUCAAGACGAUUCAAAUCUAUACAUGCUACUCGAAUAUGUCGUAGGCGGCGAAUUGUUCACUCAUUUAAGAAGAGCAGGCAGAUUCACUAAUGAUAUGACAAGGUUCUAUGCUUCAGAAAUCGUAUUGGCUAUCGAAUAUUUACACUCAAAGGACAUUAUCUAUCGUGAUUUGAAGCCUGAAAAUUUAUUAAUUGAUCAUCAAGGUCAUAUUAAAAUUACCGAUUUCGGAUUUGCGAAAAAAGUAGUAGAUCGAACUUGGACAUUAUGUGGCACUCCGGAAUAUUUGGCCCCUGAAAUCAUUCAAAGCAAAGGACAUGGUAAAGCAGUCGAUUGGUGGGCUCUUGGCAUCCUUAUAUUUGAAAUGCUGGCAGGAUAUCCACCUUUCUUUGAUGAUAAUUCAUUUGGUAUUUAUGAAAAGAUCUUAAUGGGAAAAGUUCAAUUCUCUUCGCACUUUGAUCCACUCGCUAGAGAUUUACUGAAACGAUUACUGGUGAGUGAUCGGACAAAGCGGUUAGGGAAUCUCAAGGGAGGAUCGGAGGACGUGAAAAGACACAAGUGGUUCAGAGGUGUAGACUGGAUAGGACUAUUAGAAAAAAAUGUGCGGGCACCCAUUAUUCCACAUUAUCCUCAUCCCGGCGAUACGAGCAAUUUCGAAAAAUACCCCGAGACAUUUGAUGGUGUUUCUGAUACAGGCGAUGAUCCCUAUAAAGAUCUAUUUGCUGAUUUCUCAUAA